AUAUAUAAUUAGUUGGCAGAAUGAUGGGUGGAGAGGGAGUGGCACGAAGUCUAAGAUGGCCCCUGUCUGUCAAGUGCUGCCGCCUGAUAUUCAUCCAUGGAAGAUGUGAGAUCCGGAUCCGAGGGUCCAUACUGUUGGAGCCGAUUCACCAGAUCGAGGAAGAAGCAGAAACAUAAAGAAGAAGAAGAAGAAGACAGAAGGGGAAGAUGACGACUGGAGUGAAGGCAGUGGUGUUCUCAUAUGUGGUACACUUGCUGGGCAUCGUUGGUGCGGUAAUGGUGGUGGUUUGGUGCAUCCAGUUCAGAGGUGGCUUGGCCUGGGAAGCCACCAACAAAAGCCUCAUCUUCAAUAUUCAUCCUGUUCUGAUAUUGAUUGGCCUCAUUGUCAUAGGAGGUGAAGCCAUUAUAAGUUACAAAGCUCUUACAUUGAAGAAAGAGGUGAAGAAACUAAUCCAUCUAGUCCUCCAUGGUGUUGCACUGGUACUUGGCAUAGUGGGCAUUUAUGCAGCAUUCAAGUAUCACAAUGAGAGCAACAUUGCCAAUCUAUACAGCUUACAUUCCUGGCUUGGGAUGGGAAUCAUUGUGCUGUAUGGUAUUCAGUGGAUCUAUGGAUUCGUGGUCUUCUUCUUCCCCGGGGGCACGCCUGCAAUCAGAAGGGGGUCGCUCCCAUGGCACGUGAUCGUGGGGCUUCUUGCUUACGUGCUGGCAGUAGGCAAUGCCGCGCUGGGAUUUCUUGAGAAGCUGACAUUCCUCGAGAACUCUGGGCUUGCUAAGUAUGGCUCCGAGGCCUUCCUUGUCAACUUCACCGCCGUUGUCACAGUCCUCUUUGGAGUCUUUGUGGUGCUGACGGUUUUGUCGGAGGCUCCUCCUGAAGAUGAAAAUAGCUAUUCUGCAUUGUGAGAUGUGGCCUAAUGUUGUGGUGAUGGUUUAUCUUACUUAUGUGGGAACGGAAUUGUGAUAUCUAAUGGUAAGAAGACAUGGGGAUAUUUCGGCUUGGCCUUUGUUAUUAUCUGAACGAACCAUUCCAUGCAUCUCCUUUUGUACUUUCAUUCCACUUUCUUGUAAUUUUUGGCCCACACAUAUAUAAUCUGGUGUUUACAGCUUUGGUUUC